AUGGCUGACCCAACGGCGAUCACCAGAAACGCGGCAAUCCUCGGUACAAAUUUUGCGCAUCAUUAUUACGCCGUGAUGCGUACUACACCUGAACACGCGGACCAAUUCUACGAAGAUUCCGGUGAGUACCAGACGGUAUACGAGGAUUGCACUGCCGUCAUAGCCAGGACCCGGCAGCAGGUUAAAAAAGUGUUGUCGCGACCCAUGGCAGCGUCCAAGUUAACCGUUCAAUCGAUUUUUUCGGUCCCGUAUGGUGGAUCGGUUGAACGCNGCGGAGUGCAGACCGAAACGGUUGAUUAAUUACGUCAUUGUGACGUCGUUAAUUCAAUAUAUUAACGUUGUACAAGCCGGCGAAGACUCGAAUCAGAAAACGACUCUCGAUACAGGCGACUGCCGAAUUCGCAUCGGCAAUGAUGGCACGCCGACGGCUUGUUUAAAAGCGAAAAAACAAGUAGGAUCUACGCCUUAUUUACCCACAUACCAUAACUUGUUUCCCAAUACCGUGACCGAUAACGUGAAAACCGAUGUCUUCAUCGAUAAUGCACUUUUCAGUUUUAUUAAUUAUUUAACAAAUCACGCUAAAAUCACUAUAUCUCGCGAACCACUUCUCGGUGCAGCAACCGAUAACACAACGACAGCAGAUUCAAAAGCGAACAAACACGUACGAAUUACCUCCGAUAAAGCUACAAACCACGAAACCCUUAUCGAUAAUUUUAUAGAUAGCACUCAAGACGGCAUCGUCACUGAAAACCCACCUAUCAUAAUUUUAAAAUGUGAAUCCAAACCAAUAGAAAUCCAAACCCCCACUAAACCCUCAACUCAGAAUUCGGCAAGCAUUAAGGUAAAUCAAAGUUUAGCCACGCCAAAUCUACCAACUACAACCUUAAACCGCUUACCCGGUCCAUCCCAAAUGUUUACUCCCCGUGAACUCUCUUUGAAUUCACACACCAAAAACAAUCAUCAAAAUUUUGCCACCGGAAAAUCACAGAUCCAAAUAUUAAAACGCGUCCCAACUCCACCUGAAAUCAAAUCCUCUCGUAAAACUCUUCCUUCAAUCAUCUAUAAUUAUAAUUCGAAACUCGGUUCAACCGAAAAAAAACAACCUGUUCAAAUUUUAAACCCCGUACCUAAUACCCCCGAAGUACCGGCUCCAAGUGAACCAUCAACUUCGAAUAAAACUAGCAUUGGUAAACAUCAAAAUUUAGCCUUGCAAAACCCAUCUACUACAAUCGUUAACCACGUACCUAUUCCUUCCGAAAUGACCGAAUCUCGCGAACAUCACUCAAAUGCCCAUACCCAAAACAAUCAUCUGAAUAUCGCCACCGGAAAUUCGCAAGUUCAAAUAAUGAAACGCGUCACAAGUCCAACUGAAAUAAAAUCCCCCCGUAAUCAUAUCCCAUCAAUCACCGCUUAUUAUAAUUCACCGUUAGGUUUGGCCCAAAACAAACCACCUGUUCAAAUUGUAAAAUUCGUACCCAAUCCUCCCGAAAUAUCAGCUCCCUGCGGACCCCAAACUCCGACUAAGGCCAGCAUUAGUAUACAUCAAAAUUUAGCCACGCAAAACCCAUUUACUACAAACUGUAACCGCGAACCUAUUCCCUCCAUAAAAGCCAAAUCCCGCAAACCUCACUCGAAUGCUCCCAGCCAAAAAAAUCAUCUGAAUUUCGCCACCGGUAAUUCGACACUUCAAAUAAAAAAAAGCAUCCCAAGUCAACCUGUAAUCAAAUCUCUUCCCGCAAGAUUUGAAUAUCGGAAUACUGUUAGUUACCAUGUUCCUUUCAGCUCAUUCAGGCCAAAGAAACCUGUAUAUAUUGGACCAUUAUUUAGUACCCCAAAUUUCCCAUUCACCGUUAAUAGUGUGCCGCACCAACAAUGGGCGAAUACUUAUAUUCAGCCCCAAAAUGUCCAUUUACCACCAGUGGUGCACCGUACUAACAAUGUAUGGACACCAAAAAUUCGUCGUGGCUAA